AUGGCGUACCACAAUCCUCAAGACCUUCCACUUCACCAUUUCACUGACCAACAACAACACCAUAACCAAACUCUCACGCACGCAUCCCUCCUCUCCGACCCUACCUCCAAACCUCCCUCUGAUCCUCACCAGCCUGCGCCAAAUUGGCUCAACAACGCCCUUCUCCGCGCGCACUACACCGACACCACCACCACCACCAACAAUAAUAGCAACAACAACAACAACAACUCCGACACCAACGUUAGCGCUGCCAACAACGGCACCAACUUCCUCAACCUCCACACUGCCGCCUCGGACUCCGGCCAAUGGCUCGCGCGCCCGAUCCUCCACCGCAACCAGAGCGAGGUCAUCGAUGACGUCGCGGCGGCUGGCGACUCCUCCAUGGCCGGAGCCGGAUCCGGUGAUUUGAAGAGCGAGGCGGCGGCAGUGGAGGGCGGCAGCGACGGGCUGAUGAACUGGCAGAAUGCGAGGUUCAAGGCGGAGAUUCUAGCGCACCCAAUGUAUGAACAGCUUCUGUCGGCACACGUGGCGUGCCUUCGGAUCGCCACGCCGGUCGACCAGUUGCCCAGGAUCGACGCUCAGCUCGCACAGUCCCAAAAUGUGGUCGCCAAGUACUCUGCUUUCGGACAAGCCAUCGUUGGGGACGACAAGGAACUCGAUCAGUUCUUGUCGCACUAUGUUCUGUUGCUCUGUUCUUUCAAAGAACAGCUCCAGCAGCAUGUCCGGGUCCAUGCAAUGGAAGCAGUAAUGGCUUGUUGGGAGAUCGAGCAAUCCUUACAAAGUUUAACAGGAGUUUCACCCGGGGAAGGUACGGGAGCAACAAUGUCUGAUGACGAAGAUGAGCAAGUAGACAGUGAUGCCAAUCUGUUUGAUGGCGGUUUAGAUGGUCCUGAUAGCAUGGGAUUCGGUCCUCUUAUUCCCACAGAGAACGAGAGGUCCCUUAUGGAACGUGUAAGACAUGAAUUAAAGCACGAAUUGAAACAGGGUUAUAAAGAGAAAAUUGUGGACAUAAGAGAGGAAAUUUUACGCAAGAGACGAGCUGGGAAACUUCCAGGUGACACGACCUCUGUCCUUAAAGCUUGGUGGCAAUCACAUUCCAAGUGGCCUUACCCUACAGAGGAGGAUAAGGCACGGUUGGUGCAGGAAACGGGUUUGCAGUUAAAGCAGAUCAAUAAUUGGUUUAUCAAUCAAAGGAAGAGGAACUGGCAUAGCAAUCCCUCAACUUCCACUGUCUUGAAGAGCAAGCGCAAAAGUUCGUCUCUGCGCUCAAUCAUGGUGCAUGGCAAGGGAUUUAAGUAA